AUGAAAUCCCUCCUCCUCUUCACCCUAAUCACCACCACCGCCCUCUCCCACCCGCUCUCCACCACAGCAAUAACAACAACAACACCAAGCACCGCCAUCUCCGACUUCUCCAUCCCCGUCUCCAUCUCCAUCCCCGCGCAGGCCACCCAAGCCGCCGCCAACGCCGCCAAAACCAAAGCCAACCCGGCGUCGUCGAAAAUCCACAGCACCGAAGCCCUCGCCCACCAGAUCGGCGCCUUCAUCGCCCACCAGGAUGCGGACGGGUCGUCGUUGAACCCGCAAGCCUGCCCGCCCAGCCAUAGGUCGAAACAGUGCUGCACGAGCGUGAAUGGGAUGACGCAGGAUGUGGAGAACGAGCUGAGUGACGUGGUGCCGUUGUUGACGGAUAUGCAGGUUUCUUCGAUUCUGGGGGUGCAGUGCACUGCAAUGACAGCUGAAGAACCCAACACCGAUUGUUUGGAUUCGGUUAUGUGUUGUCAUGCAGAUCCCAAGCAAGGAGGAGGCACACAGUCGCUUCUCCAGAGCUCGUGUCUUCCCUAUAACGAGGCCAUCGCCGAUCAAGACAAUGCCAUUGCGGAGAGCGAGACUCAGGCGGCUGCUUCGGGGACGCCGGUUGCUGUGGCUUCUUCUUCUUCUUCUUCUGUGGCGAGUGCGAGGGCUACGAGGGUUUAA